CAUCCCUAAAAGAUUCGAAAUUGUGAAUCGAUCGAUAGCUUCUAAAGUUUUGAUUUUGGUAGAAUCGACGAACCAAAGGUUUCGAUUUGAGCUAACAUGGGUGGGUCAGGGAAUUGGCUUAAAUCACUAAUAUCUCACAGGAAACCCGUCGAUGAUCAGCAGGAGAAGCUAAGUGAAAAGAGCAGCAAGAAGAAAUGGAAGAUGUGGAGGAUUUCAUCGGAGAGCUUCACAUCUUCUUCCUCCAAGGAAGGUUUUCUCAAGAGCCGAGGAAGCUAUGGACUUUCUUCUUUAGGCUCAGAUCCACCGUCGUUCUCGGCCGACGAGGCUUUCACUGUGGCCAUGGCAGCUCUCAUUCGAGCUCCUCCCAAGGACUUCUUAUUGGUUAAGCGAGAAUGGGCUUCAACAAGAAUCCAGGCUGCUUUUCGUGCAUUCCUGGCAAGACAGGCGUUUAGAGCUUUGAAGGCUGUUGUGAGAAUUCAGGCGAUAUUUCGCGGCAGACAAGUUCGAAAACAAGCAGCCGUUACACUCAGGUGUAUGCAAGCUCUUGUUCGUGUCCAGUCUCGUGUUAGAGCUCAUCGUAGAGCGCCUUCAGACUCAACUGAACUGAAAGAUCCUGCAAAGCAGACCGAGAAAGGAUGGUGUGGUAGCCCAAGAAGUGUUAAGGAAGUGAAAACAAAAUUACAAAUGAAGCAAGAAGGCGCUAUUAAAAGGGAGAGAGCUAUGGUUUAUGCUCUCACGCAUCAGUCGAGGACGUGUCCAAGUCCAAACCGAAACGCAAGAGUAAUUAAGCAUCAUGGUUCGCGCAAGAGCAGUCCUGGUUGGAACUGGUUUGAAGAUGUUGGGACAUUUUCAAGGAAAAGUAGCGAGAGCAGUGUAUUGUCUGAACAUGAGUCUGUAAAAGUCAGGAAGAACAAUCUUACUUCAACUAGAGUUCUUGCUAGACCUCCUCUUCUUCUUCCUCCGGUUUCUUCUGGCACGAGUUCUGGUUAUUUACACGAUGAGACAUCAACCUCGUCGACAUCUCAAUCACCAUUUGCAUUCUCCGGCAGUGUUCUUGAAAGUGAUGGGUACUAUCGAAAGCCGAGCUACAUGAGCCUGACACAAUCUACUCAAGCCAAGCAGAGACAAUCAGGAUCAUCUUGCAAUGGAGAUGAUAGACGCAGUGCUGGUUCAGAGCAGUGUACUGAUCUAUACCCUCCGGGAAUAGUAACUGGAAGACAUGUCUGGGCUAAGAGCCAGCGAAGCUAAAAAAGGAAGCCGUGAUGAUUCACUGCAAGUCAUUUUCAACAGCCUGUUGGUUUCUCUCUUUCUAUCUUGUUUCAGGAACGGCUCCUGUAAACAUAUACACGAACUAUAGAUACAGAAACAGCUUCUGUGUACCGUUUACAUAUAAGAAUAUUUGUGAUAGUUACUUGAGCUUGAAGUGUUAGGCUAUUUAGGCCACUAGCAAUAACUUGGAAAUUGUUCCUCCUUGAUUGUUAAACUUUCACUAUAUUCAU